UCUUGUCACUGCAAGCUUGGAUCUAAUUUAAGACUCAAAGUGCUCAAGCACUGACAAAUGUGAUAGAUGACUUGGUUCCAAUCCCAGAUAUACAUAAUAUGUCAUAAAUGAUCUCAUAGUUAUAGAUAACAAACUGUGUAUGUGGCUUACAGAUGACAAAGUAGACUCAUUGACUACUUCUGUAACUGACAUUGUACCACAAGAACCCCAUGGACUGGUGCAACCCGGACCUCCUACCAAAGUCAAAAUCGUAUCAUUCACUGCAACGACUGCUCGUUUGAAAUGGGAAAAAGGAUUUGAUGGUCAUUCACAGAUCAGUGGAUACAAACUGGAAUACAAAAUAGGAACGAGUGUGUGGCAACGGUUUCCUGGAUUGAAAAUUCCUCCAUCAACAGAAUUUGUGGUUGAGAAUCUCGUACCGAACACAAGUUAUAAAUUCCGAAUAAAAGCCUUCAAUGAUGUGGGUUCUAGUGUGUGGAGCAAACCAUCACUUGUUAUCACAACUGAAACACAAGACAAAACAGACUCAUUGGUUAUUUCUGGAGCUGACACUGAAUGGCCCCAUGGAACAGAUGGUGCAAAUAAAUCAACACUGACUCCAAAGUCAGAGAUAACAGGGAUGGAUAGAGACCUAGCAAGCAGUGGGAUACAAACACCAAUUGGUGUAUCAGAUAAAGUAGGUGUGACUGAAUCAAUGACAAUGCCAACACAAUCCACCUCUAGAGAACAAAACACAGUAUCUGACCGUGUGUCACAAGUGACCAUGAAACCAUCUCAGUUGGUAACACCCACCAUAAAAGAUGAUCUAACAACUAUACAACAAACCACAGAAAGCCCUAACAAAGUCCAACCCAAACCUCCUACCAAACUCGAAAUUGUAUCAUUUACUGCAACGACUGCUCAUUUGAAAUGGGAAAAAGAAUUUGAUGGUCAUUCACAAAUCAGUGGAUACAAACUUGAAUACAAGAUAGGAACGAGUGCGUGGCAACGGUUUCCUGGAUUGAAAAUUCCUCCAUCAACAGAAUUUGUUGUUGAGAAUCUUGUACCAAACACAAGUUAUAAAUUCCGAAUAAAAGCCUUCAAUGAUGUGGGUUCUAGUGUGUGGAGCAAACCAUCACUUGUUAUCACAACUAAAACACAAGAUGACGAAACAGACUCAUUGGUUAUUUCUGGAGCUGACACUGAACGGCCCCAUGGAACGGAUGGAGCAACAAAACCGACUUCAAAGUCAAAGAUAAGAGGGACGGAUAGAGACCUGGCAAGCAGUGGGAUACUAACACCAAUUGGUGUAUCAGAUAAAAUCAGUGUGACCGAAUCAACAACACAAUCCACCUCUAGAGAAGGAAACACAGUAUCUGACCGUGUGUCACAAGUGACCAUGAAACCAUCUCAGUUGGCAACACAUACCAGAAAAGAUGAUCUAACAACUAUACAACAAACCACAGAAAAUCCUCAAAAAGUCCAACCUGGACCUCCUAUCCAACUCAAAAUCGUAUCAUUUACUGCAACGACUGCUCAUUUGAAAUGGGAAAAAGGAUUUGAUGGUCAUUCACGAAUCAGUGGAUACAAACUUGAAUAUAAAAUAGGAAUGAGUGCGUGGCAACGGUUUCCUGGAUUGAAAAUUCCUUCGUUGACAGAAUAUGUUGUUGAGAAUCUCGUACCAAACACAAAUUAUAAAUUCCGAAUAAAAGCCUUCAAUGAUGUGGGUUCUAGUGUGUGGAGCAAACCAUCACUUGUUAUCACAACUAAAACACAAGAUGACAAAACAGAGUCAUUGGUUAUUUCUGGAGCUGACACUGAAUGGCCCCAUGGAACGGAUGGAGCAACAAAACCGACUUCAAAGUCAAAGAUAAGAGGGACGGAUAGAGACCUGGCAAGCAGUGGGAUACAAACACCAAUUGGUGUAUCAGAUAAAAUCAGUGUAACUGAAUCAACAACACAAUCCACCUCUAGAGAACAAAACACAGUAUCUGACCGUGUGUCACAAGUGACCAUGAAACCAUCUCAGUUGGUAACACAUACCAUAAAAGAUGAUCUAACCACUAUACAACAAACCACAGAAAACCCUAACAAAGUCCAACCCAAACCUCCUACCCAACUCAAAAUCGUAUCAUUUACUGCAACGACUGCUCAUUUGAAAUGGGAAAAAGGAUUUGAUGGUCAUUCACGAAUCAGUGGAUACAAACUGGAGUACAAAAUAGGAACGAGUGCAUGGCAACGGUUUCCUGGAUUGAAAAUUCCUUCAUCAACAGAAUUUGUUGUUGAGAAUCUCGUACCAAACACAAAUUAUAAAUUCCGAAUAAAAGCCUUCAAUGAUGUGGGUUCUAGUGUGUGGAGCAAACCAUCACUUGUUAUCACAACUAAAACACAAGAUGACAAAACAGACUCAUUGGUUAUUUCUGGAGCUGACACUGAACGGCCCCAUGGAACGGAUGGAGCAACAAAACCGACUUCAAAGUCAAAGAUAAGAGAUGAUCUAGCAACUAUACAACAAACCACAGAAAAUCCUCAAAAAGUCCAACCCAAACCUCCUACCAAACUCGAAAUUGUAUCAUUUACUGCAACGACUGCUCAUUUGAAAUGGGAAAAAGGAUUUGAUGGUCAUUCACAAAUCAGUGGAUACAAACUGGAAUACAAAAUAGGAACGAGUGCGUGGCAACGGUUUCCUGGAUUGAAAAUUCCUCCAUCAACAGAAUUUGUUGUUGACAAUCUUGUACCGAACACAAGUUAUAAAUUUCGAAUAAAAGCCUUCAAUGAUGUGGGUUCUAGUGUGUGGAGCAAACCAUCACUUGUUAUCGCAACUAAAACACAAGAUGACAAAACAGACUCAUUGGUUAUUUCUGGAGCUGACACUGAGCGACCCUAUGGAACGGAUGGAGCAACAAAACCGAGUUCAAAGUCAAAGAUAACAGGGACUGGUAGAGACCUUGCAAGCAGUGGGAUACAAACACCAAUUGGUGUAUCAGAUAAAAUCAGUGUAACUGAAUCAACAACGACAAUGCCAACACAAUCCACCUCUAGAGAAGGAAACACAGUAUCUGACCGUGUGUCACAAGUGACCAUGAAAACAUCUCAAUUGGUAACACAGACCAUAAAAGAUGAUCUAACCACUAUACAACAAACCACAGAAAACCCUAACAAAGUCCAACCCGGACCUCCUGCCAAACUCAAAAUCGUAUCGUUCACUGCAACGACUGCUCGUUUGAGAUGGGAAAAAGGAUUUGAUGGUCAUUCACAAAUCAGUGGAUACAAACUGGAAUAUAAAAUAGGAACAAGUGCGUGGCAACGGUUUCCUGGAUUGAAAAUUCCUCCAUCAACGGAAUUUGUGGUUGAGAAUCUCGUACCGAACACAAGUUAUAAAUUCAGAAUAAAAGCUUUCAAUGAUGUGGGCUCCAGUGUGUGGAGCAAACCAACACUUGUUAUCACAACGAAAACACAAGUUGUAGCGACAACUCCACCCGAAAGCUCACUAUCUACCAAACAGCCACAUCUAUCCUAUCAUGCCGCUAGCACACUGACUACUCAUUCGGUAACUGUUGGUCCAACACCAGCAGUUAACAAUAACGGCAAUGUGGAAGAAAACUCAACACCAAGUAUUGAUUCCAAGACAUCAGGGACAAGUGAAGAUCAGGUCAACGUUGAUAUAAAAACAUUGACUGAUGAACCUGGCAUUAGCCAUCACAAUACUAAUCAUGGGACUGGAUCAAACAUGCGGCCAACACAAUCUGCAUCUAUGGAUACGACUAAAGAAAAGACAACAGAAUCGUCACACAGACGUGGAGGUCAUACUGAUUUGACUGAACCAUCACAGUUGUCUACUGAAAACAUUAAGAAAGUUGAGCCUAGAGCCCCUAGUCAACUCAGAGCCAUUUCUUUGAGUGCAACGUCUAUUCAGCUACAGUGGAAGGAAGAAUCUAAUGGCCAUUCGCCGAUUCUUCGAUACAAACUAGAAUAUCAGAAUGGAACAAACAAGUGGGAACGGUUUCCUGGACUAAAGAUUGAACCGUCAACAGGCUUCAUGGUCAGAAAUCUGAGACCCAAUACAGGCUAUCGGUUUCGAAUACGAGCUAUCAACAGCAUUGGUUACAGUCUGUGGAGCGAGCCAUCAGCAAUCAUCACAACUCACCUCCAAGGUUAUCUUGAUCCGACCACAACAACUGCAGAAAGCAAAACAAGCAAAGCCGAUGGUUCAGGUAACAAACACAAUAUUAAGUUGACUGGAACAGACAAUCCAGUAAGUCAGAGACCAGAUACUCAUGAUGGUGGCCAUGCAACUAGCAGCACAAGUACCAAGACAAAUGGAGGUGGUAAAAAAGAUGAAAUUCCCAGUAAACGUACAGAUUCUAGAGACAAUGUUGUCUCAACAGGAUCCACUUCAUCAGACAAAUCAGUUGACAGUAAAAAUCUGGGUCCAACAAGUGAGAGUACGGUCACAGGUGAUGACGACCAAUGGACAAUAUCGGGUGAUCUACCAGACGUAAUUGUGAUGACAGAUGAUGACCUAUCCACUAAUCUGACCGUAACUGAACCAGACUCAGCAAGAAAAAAAAACUCAUUUACCAAUAGCGAUGAUGACCAAUGGACAUCAGAUGGCAAUUUAACUGCAAUUGAGCCAACAGAUUUCUUUAUGAACACCAAUGAUAGCAUCACAGACCUUAAUUCAACGUCUCCUGGAAUUGAAGACAUCGAGGAUGAAGAUGUUGAGGAUGAGAUUGCAAGUGUUAGCUCUCCCACAAAAAAAUUUCCAUCUUGGGCUUAUAUAGUGAUUGCUGUGGCUCUUGUGAUUUUGGUGAUAAUCAUUAUUGUCAUUGCAAUUGCUAUUAUCUCAAAAAACAGAAAAUCACCUGAAUCUACACAAACGCCAACACCCAGGGCCACACCAGAAAGAUCAUUUAAUUCAUCUUCACAAGGAAGUUCUAGUCCUGUUCCUAGCAAAGCUUAACAAUGCAACAACUGAAGGCUACAAUAAUUGACAAUAUGACAGCACAUAAAAUGAAGUUACUUAUAUAGUCAUGUACAACUCUAUAGAAAAUUAUUAUGGUGAUCAUGAAAUAGAGAGUUUCAUGUUCUGUAGAAUGAGGAAUUGACUAUUUGGGACCUUC